AGAGAAUAUGUAGAGGGGAAAAAAUAAAAUUUAUUUUUUUUCUUUCGAAAAAAAUAAUCCACCUCGUGCAACCUCGUUGGCUGGCAUUUCCUGCCCCCGGGGCGGCAGGAUCCAAGCAAGCUAGCACAGCCGCCACCAACAAUUUCAUCGCGAAUCGCAAGAGCGAGGAGACGAGAAUACGGCCACGAAUCUGCAUCCGCUUGCCCGCCCCAUUCCCCCGUCCAAAUCCAAGCAGCCGGCGGCGGGUGCGGUUCGGUGAAUCGAAUCGUGGGCAAAUUGUUUUGUUCCAUUCCGCUGCUGCGUCCUGCUCCGAUUCAGUUCGUGCGCUGUCGAUAAAACCGAUGCUUCGCCCCGCGAACCCUAGCUCGGGGUGCUGCGGCGGCGGCGGCGGCGGCCUGUAGACUGUAGUGGUGGCUGUGGGACGCGAGGGUCGCUCGCCAUGCCGUGGCUGGAGAUGUGGCUGCCCCCCGCGGGCUCGGGGGGAGGAGGAGAGGGGAUGGCGGCGGGGCUGUUCCUCGACGGCGAGGCGGCGCACGGCGCGCUCCUCGCGGCGAUGCCCGGCAUCUCCGCGUCGUUCGGCGUGCGGCAGCGGCGGCCGGGGUUCGUGUCGCUGACGAUGUCGGUGAAAGGGGGCAGGGGGUUCGUGAGUGGCCCGGUGGGGCUGCUCGCGAGCGGGGAGGAGAAGGGCGCCCGGGCGGAGGAGGCGGAGGCGCUGGUCGCGGGGAGGAGGGCGACGGAGGAGGAGGUGGCGGAGGCGUCGGAGGGGAAGGUGGUCGAGGAGGUGAAGGAGGCUCGUGCUGGUGCGGGCGCCAUGAACAUGACGAAACAUUUAUGGUCUGGAGCCGUUGCUGCUAUGGUAUCUAGAACAGUUGUUGCUCCCCUCGAGAGGCUAAAGUUGGAGUACAUAGUUCGUGCUGAGCAGAGAAAUCUAUUUGAGCUUAUCCAUGCCAUUGCAACAACACAGGGUUUGAAAGGCUUUUGGAAAGGAAACUUCGUCAACAUUCUCCGUACUGCUCCAUUCAAAGCCGUCAACUUCUAUGCAUAUGACACUUACAGAAAGCAGUUGCUCAAAUGGUCUGGCAAUGAUGAAACAACAAACUUUGAAAGGUUUAUCGCUGGUGCUGCUGCUGGUGUUACAGCAACGAUAUUGUGUAUACCAAUGGAUACGAUUAGGACAAGGAUGGUAGCUCCUGGUGGUGAAGCCUUAGGAGGAGUUAUUGGUGUUGCCCGCCACAUGAUCCAGACUGAAGGGUUCUUCUCUCUGUACAAAGGAUUGGUACCUUCACUCAUCAGCAUGGCACCCUCUGGUGCUGUAUUCUAUGGAGUAUAUGACAUAUUGAAGAUGGGCUACCUGCAUUCCCCCGAAGGGAAGAGGAGGGUAUCAACGAUGAAACAACAAGGUCAAGAGGCAAAUGCAUUAGAUCAGCUUGAGUUGGGCACAGUUAGGACCUUACUAUAUGGUGCUAUUGCUGGUUGCUGUGCUGAAGCAGCCACAUACCCAUUUGAAGUAGUUAGGAGACAGCUACAGAUGCAAGUCAAAGCAACAAGGAUGAAUGCUUUUGCAACAUGCCUUAAAAUUGUUGAUCAAGGUGGAGUACCAGCACUCUAUGCUGGCUUGAUCCCCAGCUUGCUACAGGUUCUGCCAUCAGCGUCUAUCAGUUAUUUCGUAUAUGAGUUAAUGAAGAUAGUCCUGAAAGUGGAAUGAAUGCAAAUUAAUUCUUGAGCAUGCACAUCAAGUUCAAGAAGCCCAGCUCACAUUACCUUGACAAAAUUCAAGUAAACAGCGCAUUUAGAUCUGUUUUUGUAGCAUUUCUUCACGGAAGCUUCAAAGGCCGUGGGAGUAACUUUAUCUUGGCCAAAGCCUGAAGCAUUGUUCGCUCGAAGCUUUUCACCACAAGAUUACCUUAUACACGAUGAGGUCUUGUUCGACAUCUGAUUCGAUCACCGAUCUGUUGCAGAUUGAUCUGUCAUAGCAAAAACAUAUGGGCUUCUUGCCCUUCAGAUUUCAAUUAACAAAUUUUCAACUUUUCAUUUUUGAUGUAUUGAUGCAUCGACUGGAAAGGAAAGUGGGUUUGCUACUUGCUACAACCUACAAAGUGGCAUGUUGAUUCCCUUUUGCAAGCAUGGCAUCGGUUGGUUUGAAUUUGA